ACACACAUCCAGGUGGUGAGGGCGUCUCUCCGCCGACUUUGUCACAGAGGAGGACUUUACCUGAGAGGACGUACACUAGCGGCUCCCAGGGAGCAGAUCCCGCAGCCCAGCCAGAGCGCAGGAGGGAGAACUUUUGGCUAUUGCUCCGUGAUUUUUUUUUAGCACGCCUCCGUCACCUUGGAAGUCAGACCUGUUUAUCGUGAGAGAGGAUGGGACCGCUUCUCCUUUCCGUCGCCCUGUGUUUGAGCGCCGCUGUCCCGCAGCGUGUGAAAGCGGCAGAUGGUGAGGAACCAACUUCAGCAGGCCCGUGCCAUCCAAACCCUUGCCACAACAGGGGAACAUGUGAGAUCAGCGAGACCUACAGGGGCGACACCUUCAUUGGUUACGUCUGCAAGUGUCCACCAGGCUUCAGUGGAGUUCACUGCCAGCACAAUAUCAACGAAUGCGAAAGGGACCCUUGCAAGAAUGGGGGCAUUUGCACGGAUCUGGUUGCCAACUAUUCCUGCGAAUGCCCCGGGGAGUACAUGGGGAGGAACUGUCAAUACAAAUGCUCUGGACCACUGGGCAUGGAGGGCGGCAUAAUCUCCAACCAGCAGAUAACAGCCUCCUCCACCCACCGUGCUCUCUUCGGCUUGCAGAAGUGGUACCCGUACUUUGCACGCCUCAACAAGAAGGGCCUGGUCAAUGCCUGGACUGCUGCCGAAAAUGACAGAUGGCCAUGGAUCCAGAUAAACCUGCAGAGGAGGAUGAGGGUCACGGGCCUAAUUACCCAGGGUGCAAAACGCAUCGGCAGCCCAGAGUACGUCAAGUCUUACAAAGUGGCCUACAGUGACGACGGGAAGACCUGGAGAACAUACAAAGUCAAGGGCAAGGACGAGGAUAUGAUUUUCCGGGGAAACGUCGAUAACAACGCUCCAUCAGCCAACUCCUUCACCCCUCCCAUUGAGGCCCAGUAUGUGCGCAUUUACCCCCAAGUCUGCAGGAGGCACUGUACCCUACGCAUGGAGCUGCUCGGCUGUGAGCUAACAGGCUGCUCUGAACCACUCGGGAUGAAGUCGGGCCAUAUCCAGGACUACCAGGUCACGGCCUCCAGCAUCUUCAGGACUCUCAACAUGGACAUGUUCACCUGGGAGCCCGGGAAGGCCCGCUUGGACAAACAGGGCAAGGUCAACGCUUGGACAGCCGGACACAGCGACCAGUCGCAGUGGCUACAGGUGGACUUGCUUGUGCCAACCAAGGUCACAGGUAUCAUCACCCAGGGAGCUAAAGACUUUGGUCAUGUCCAGUUUGUUGGUUCAUACAAGCUGGCGUACAGUAAUGAUGGAGAGCGGUGGAGUGUAUAUCAAGAUGAGAAACAGGGGAAGGAUAAGGUAUUCCAAGGGAACUUUGAUAACGACACACACAGAAAGAACGUGAUAGAUCCACCCGUCUACGCCCGGCUCAUCCGGAUCCUCCCCUGGUCAUGGUACGGCAGGAUCACUUUGCGCGUAGAGAUACUGGGAUGCACAGAGGAAGAGUGAUGUCCUUUCCUCCACCUUUCUUGCCAUUGUCCCCCGUCCCUUGGCAUACUGGAGUAUCUCAGCCAGUAUUUCAAAAAUAAACUGUGCAACCUGUAAAAAGAAAUCAAUUUCCAAUGGAUUUUUCAAGAAUACGUGUUUGGUUGUGGUGGGUUGCUGUUUGUUCCUUUUGUACAAUGAUUUCAAACCUGCCCCUGAUCCACUUUUUGUCUUUUAAUUUCCUCUUUAAAGC